GGGCGAGAGAGAGAGAGGUGCAGUUGAGAGAGACAGCCUCUUAGAGCUGUGAGGCAGAAGUGAUGGAUUCGGCCCACAGAAAAGUGACAGUCUUCUCCUGACGGGCCACAGGCAGAACACAACCUGCCCCGGACUCAACUUAUUCAUCAGGAAACUACCUCCACCAACCAGCUCCACUCACCGCUCAUUUCCUGAGACUGUUCCAACUUUUUCAACUGGACUUUGGAACAAAUCUGCUCAAUGCAUGCUGAAGACUUUGUUUUUGUUGUUUUUUUUUCCUUCCAAAGUUGAGGCUCUGUUGCGGUAAUGAUAGUCCUUUAAUAACAGGCUUUGAGACCCACUUCACCCCUCCACUGCUGGAAUGGACUAAGGUGACAAAGAGCAAGUAACCAGACGAGCAGAGCGCAGAAAAAGGGGGAGAGGAGGACACAGACGUGCAGCUUUCACACUUGGGAUGACUUUCUUCCAGGAGAAACUUCAAACAGUCCUGGCAGGAGGGCAAGGCAACUGAGGGAGCGUCACCCGUACCGUGCACUUAUCUCGCUUUGGUGGGUUAGACACUAACUCAUGGAGCCCCCUUCAGCGGUCCUGCUGGGGCUCCUUCUAGUUUAUGGACUGGCCUGGGGCGUGCAGCAGACGCAGGGGAGCCUUUCAGACGGCGGCCAUGGCGGAGACAGGACCCAGGAAUUCGAGAGCAGCGAGGACGGUCUGGGGAGGGAGUUUCUCUACGCUGGCAGGAGCAAGCGCGCUCCGGCCGACCAGCAGCAGGACAAAUGCUCCUACACUUUCAUUGUGCCCCAGCAGAAAGUGACCGGAGCCAUCUGCGUGAACUCCAAGGAGCCGGAGGCCAUGCUGGAGAAUCGGGUCAAUAAACAAGAGCUGGAGCUGCUAAACGUGGAGCUGCAGAAGCAGAAAAGGCAGAUCGAGACCUUGCAGCAGCUGGUGGAGGUUGACGGGGGUAUCGUCAACGAGGUCAAGCUUCUGAGGAAGGAAAGUCGAAAUAUGAACUCCAGAGUCACUCAGCUUUACAUGCAGCUGCUCCACGAAAUCAUAAGGAAGAGAGACAAUGCCCUUGAGCUGGCACAGAUGGAGAACAAGAUACUGAACCAAACGUCCGAGAUGCAGCAGCUGACCAGCCGGUACAAAGAUCUCGAGCACAAAUACCAGCACCUGGCUUCUCUAGCCACCAACCAGUCGACUCUCAUCUCCAUCUUGGAGGAGCAGUGCCAGAGUCGACCUCCUCCCCGCCACGUCCCCGUCCCCGUCCCUCAGCCGCGGCCGCAGCCGCCUCCGCCGGCACCACCGCUCAACAAGCCUUAUCAGCCGCCCGCUCUUCCGCGGAUCAAUAACCCGAUCAGCAACGAGAUCCAGAGCGACCAGAAAUCUCUACCGCCUCUUCUUCCCACCAUGCCGGCCGGCACACACAGCCCGUCCACCACCGACAAGCCCUCCGGUCCGUUUAAGGACUGCCUGCAGGCCCUGGAGGACGGCCACACCGCCAGCGGCAUGUACUUGGUGAAGCCAGAGAACGCAAACCGGCUUAUGCAAGUGUGGUGCGACCAGAGACAUGACCCGGGGGGCUGGACCGUGAUCCAGAGGAGGGUGGACGGCUCUGUCAACUUCUUCAGAAACUGGGAGACCUACAAGCAAGGCUUUGGCAAUAUCGACGGCGAGUACUGGCUGGGUCUGGAGAACAUCUACUGGCUGACUAACCAGGGGAACUACAAGCUGCUGGUCACGCUGGAGGACUGGUCGGGGAGGAAGGUGUUUGCGGAGUACGCCAGUUUCAGGCUGGAGCCCGAGGCUGACUUCUACAAGCUGAGGGUGGGCAGAUAUCACGGCAACGCCGGGGACUCCCUCACCUGGCACAACGGCAAGCAGUUCACCACACUGGACAGAGACCAUGACGCCUAUACAGGAAACUGCGCCCACUACCAGAAGGGGGGCUGGUGGUACAACUCCUGCGCCCACUCCAACCUGAACGGCGUUUGGUACAGAGGAGGACACUACCGCAGCCGCUACCAGGACGGCGUCUACUGGGCAGAGUUCAGAGGAGGAGCGUAUUCCCUAAAGAAAGUCGUCAUGAUGAUCCGUCCAAACCCGAACACUUUCCACUGAACACCCCAGGAACACACACUGUGCUGCGUCGCCCAAUAAACUCCUUCACAGGCCUCAUAUCUUUUUUUGUUUUGGUUAAUCGUGGCAUCAGACCAAGUCGGAUGACCAAGAGAAAGAUGAUGUUAAAAGUGCAAUAAUCCAAAUAUCAGGGCGAGAAAAGGUCCCUCUAAUCAUGUAAUAAAUUUACAUGCUGUUACUCAGUUGUCUGUGCUUUUUUGUUUUUUUUUUUUUAUUUUAUUUUAUUUUAUGAGACAUAUAAAGACAUGCUCAUUGCUCAGGAGUUAUUUUAAAUGUGUUUUCGAACAAGAACCUUAGUUGGCAGUGCUUCAUUUGAUUUGAUUGAAUGAGUAGCUUUGAAAUAGGAACCCUAAAAUAUCUAUUUAGUGCGUACCGAGCAAACGAGGCUGACACAGGAAAUGUAUCCAGUGACUUACUUUUCAUUUCAUCAUUCAGACAUAUUUCAGACUAAUUUUACAGGGAAGGUAGCAGUAAACAGGUAACAGCUUCACUCUUCAGGGCUUUUUUUCCCAUUCCAGCAUAGUCUACAACGCAGCAUAAUCCCAUUUUUUUCUCUUAUACAGUGUUAUUCCAAACACCUGCAACUUUUAUUAAAAAAAACAAUAUUUAAAAACUGAAUCAUUAUGAAAAUCUGAUGAGGUGCCUUCUCUUUAUGUCCAACCUUUUUAGAGAAAUACGUGUUUUUUUAAACCUUGAAUUGCUUGAACAGGCAUACAUCAAUCUGCUUGAAUGGAUCAAGCAUCUGUAUUUACUGUAUAAAAAUAGUGGUUUGUUGAUGUCAAUAGAUCCGACAUAUUGCGUUUGUACAUAAGAUCUUUGUAAUAUAAUGUAUUAAAGCCUGUUAUGUCACUAUUAAAUUGCAAUAAAAUAUGUACAGCUUGGG